AUGUAUAUGUUUUGGAAUUUUUUUGUUAUUUUUAACUGUUUAUUAGCAAACGAAAAAGUAUACGAGAAUGCAAUAUGCUUAUUAAACAUACUUGGAGAUAGUAAUACAGACUCAAAAAGUUACGUAAAUUUAGAAUUAAAAUGUGGUUUUAAAACUUUAAAUUCUGCUAUAUCAAAAUUUUUAGAACGUCAUAAUACAACUAUAGAAGAACUUAAACAAGACUUUUUAGACAAUAAAUUGGAUAAAUUUGAUGUUUUACGUGAGGAUUUUCAGAAAAUCAAGAAUCUUCAUUUUAAAGAGCCUUCUGAUGCGCUUGUUAAAGUUAAUCUUUCGUCAAAAUUACCCCAAUGGUUUAACACACUUAAUGAUGAUCAAAAAAAAAUUUGCUCGCGAAUCUACGAACUUUGGGGAACUUACUAUAAAAA